GUCAGUGGGUAGAUCUUUAGACGUCAUUGCUGCAAGAGCCGAGGCCAUCGACGACUCGAGGAUAUGUUUAAGACUCUGGUUGCCUCGCUCUUUGCAGACCAGUGAACCAUCUAAGAGUAGCUGGUUAUAGGGAUUGCGUGGAAUAUCGUUUUUCGACGCCGAUUAUAAAACGCCGGUGGUUUAAAGUCACAACCUCCUCGUUGUAAGCAUUCUGCGUCCCCCGGGCACCAUGUCUGAUAACACGUCCAAACCCAAGAAGCGGGUUCUGGUGUCAUACGGUGUCGACAUUGACGCCAUUGCUGGAUGGCUGGGUUCUUACAAAGGCGAAGACUCUACCAGUGACAUCUCUAGAGGUUAUUUCGCCGGCACUCAAGGGGUAAGAAGAUUGCUGAAGCUGUUUGAGAAAUAUCACAUCAAAGCUUCGUGGUUCAUCCCGGGACACAGUCUAGAGACGUUCCCGGAAGAAUGUGCCAUGAUUCGAGAUGCUGGGCAUGAGAUUGGUUUGCAUGGAUACAGCCAUGAGAAUCCAGUUGACAUGACGUUGGAACAACAACGUGAUAUUCUUGACCAUACCUACCGUAUGCUCACGGAUUUCUGCCACGGCAAACCACCUCGCGGUACUGUUGCACCCUGGUGGGAGGUAAGCAAGGAAGCAACAGAACUUCUGCUGCAGUAUGGCAUCGAGUAUGACCAUAGCAUGAACCACCAUGAUUGCCAGGCAUAUUACCUUCGGACCGGGGACGAUUGGACGAAGAUCGAUUACAACAAAAAGGCCGCAAAAUGGAUGAAGCCAUUCAAAAGGGGCCAAGAAACAGGGCUCGUGGAGAUCCCUGCCAACUGGUACCUGGACGACCUACCGCCAAUGAUGUUCAUGAAGGCUGUGCCCAACAGUCAUGGUUGGGUAAGUUCGCGGGACGUGGAAGAUCUGUGGCGGGACCACUUUGACUAUUUUUACCGAGAAUAUGACGAAUUCAUCUUUCCAAUGACAAUACAUCCGGAUGUGUCAGGUCGACCACACGUUCUGUUCAUGCAUGAAAGAUUGAUUGAGCACAUCAACAAGCAUGAGGGUGUCGAGUGGGUGACCAUGGCGGAGAUGGUCGAUAACUUCAAAAGUAAGAAUAAGCCUGCCGCCGGGGCUAUGAUGCCAGCACCACCAGGCGAGAUUCUUCAGAAGGAGAAGUAAGCUGUCAAGGGACAAUCAUGGUCUUCUGUUGAUGAGUUUCAUGGCUCCUCCCAGUUUGGCGACUUUGAUAACGUCCCGGAGAGUGAGACUGAUUCGUGUUUGUCUCGUGGCUCUGCCGGACUCGUACUGUUUCAUAUCUCCCAAACGAUGCCAAUUCACGAUAUGG